UGCGGCUCUGGUGGCUGGCGUGACUUUGAGCGCUUCCCGCUGGGCUGCCCGCGCCGAGCACAGCGGAGCGGGGAUAUCUGCAAGUGGCUGUUCCGGACUUGUCAUGCGGCUGCUGCGGGUCGCCGCGUCCCUGGGUCGCGGGCCGCUCCCUCGGGUCCCUGCGGUCCUGGGCUGGCCGGGGAAGCAGGCUAACUGGACGGCCUACCGAUGGUGCUCCUCGGGAACAAUUCCCAAUGAAAAAAUACGAAAUAUUGGGAUCUCAGCCCACAUUGACUCUGGGAAGACGACCUUAACGGAGCGGGUGCUCUACUACACUGGCAGGAUUGCCAGGAUGCAUGAGGUGAAAGGUAAAGAUGGAGUUGGUGCUGUCAUGGACUCCAUGGAGCUGGAGAGACAGAGAGGAAUCACUAUUCAGUCAGCAGCUACCUAUACCAUGUGGAAAGAUGUUAAUAUCAACAUCAUAGACACCCCAGGCCACGUGGACUUCACAAUAGAAGUGGAGCGGGCCCUGCGGGUGUUGGACGGUGCAGUCCUGGUUCUGUGUGCUGUCGGCGGGGUGCAGUGCCAGACCAUGACUGUGUGCCGGCAGAUGAAGCGCUACGACGUCCCGUUUUUGACCUUCAUUAACAAACUGGACCGGCUGGGCUCCAACCCGGCCAGGGCCCUUCAACAAAUGAGAUCCAAGCUGAACCACAAUGCAGCAUUAAUGCAGCUGCCCAUUGGUCUGGAGGGCGACUUCAAGGGUAUCAUAGACCUCAUCGAGGAACGAGCCAUUUACUUUGAGGGCGACUUUGGUCAGAUUGUGCGAUAUGGUGAGAUUCCAGCUGAAUUGAGGGCCGCAGCAGCUGACCACCGGCAGGAGCUAAUCGAAUGUGUUGCUAAUUCAGAUGAGCAGCUUGGUGAGCUGUUCCUGGAAGAGAAAAUCCCCUCAGUUUCUGAUUUAAAGCUGGCAAUCCGAAGAGCGACUCUGAGUAGAUCGUUUACACCUGUGUUUUUGGGAAGUGCUUUGAAGAACAAAGGAGUUCAGCCUCUUUUGGAUGCUGUUUUAGAAUUCCUCCCCAAUCCAUCUGAAGUUCAGAAUUAUGCUAUACUUAAUCAGGAUGACUCAAAAGAGAAGAGCAAAAUCUUAAUGAAUGCCAACAGAGACAAUUCCCACCCGUUUGUAGGCCUGGCUUUUAAACUGGAGGCAGGCCGAUUUGGACAGUUAACUUAUGUCCGCAAUUAUCAAGGCGAACUAAAGAAGGGAAACACCAUCUACAACACAAGGACAGGAAAGAAGGUGCGGGUACAGCGGCUAGUCCGCAUGCACGCCGACAUGAUGGAGGAUGUCGAGGAGGUUUAUGCUGGAGACAUCUGUGCAUUGUUUGGAAUUGACUGUGCAAGUGGAGACACAUUCACAAACAAAGACAACAGUGGCCUUUCUAUGGAAUCAAUUCAUGUUCCUGAUCCUGUCAUUUCAGUAGCAAUGAAGCCUUCCAACAAGAAUGACCUGGACAAAUUUUCAAAAGGUAUUGGCAGGUUUACACGGGAGGACCCCACAUUUAAAGUACGCUUUGACCCUGAGAGCAAGGAGACAAUCGUGUCUGGAAUGGGGGAGUUGCACCUGGAGAUCUAUGCUCAGAGAAUGGAGAGAGAAUAUGGCUGUCCUUGUAUCACUGGCAAACCAAAAGUGGCCUUUAGAGAGACCAUUACUGCCCCUGUGCCGUUUGAUUUUACGCACAAGAAGCAGUCAGGCGGUGCCGGCCAGUAUGGAAAAGUAAUAGGUGUGCUAGAGCCCCUGGCCCCAGAGGACUACACUAAGUUGGAGUUUUCUGAUGAAACGUUUGGGGCCAACGUUCCAAAGCAGUUUGUACCUGCCGUUGAAAAGGGGUUUUUGGAUGCCUGCGAAAAAGGCCCUCUUUCUGGACAUAAGCUUUCUGGACUACGGUUUAUUCUGCAAGAUGGAGCACACCACAUGGUUGAUUCUAAUGAAAUCUCCUUCAUCCGAGCUGGAGAAGGUGCUCUUAAACAAGCCUUGGCAAAUGCCACAAUAUGUAUUCUUGAACCUAUUAUGUCUGUGGAAGUUAUAGCUCCAAAUGAAUUUCAGGGGACAGUAAUCGCAGGAAUUAACCGGCGCCAUGGAGUAAUCACAGGCCAAGAUGGAGUAGAGGACUAUUUCACACUGUACGCAGAGGUUCCCCUAAAUGAUAUGUUUGGUUACUCCACUGAGCUUAGGUCCUGCACAGAGGGAAAAGGAGAGUACACAAUGGAGUACUGCAGAUAUCAGCCGUGUUUACCGUCCACACAGGAAGACCUCAUCAAUAAGUACUUGGAGGCUACAGGCCAACUUCCUGUGAAAAAAGGAAAAGCCAAGAGCUGACCCACCUUCCUCUGAAUGUACAGACUGUUUGAUCGCAGAAUUUAGAGAUGAUGGAUCCAGCAGGAUGAAUUCAGUGGGCUGAAGCAAAUGUUAGGAGCCCUUGCUGUCUCCUGUUCAGGAGUUUCUAUGCACAUGCAAAGAUAAUUAUGUAUAUUUAAACUGUAUGGACUAUUUUUAUUGUCUAGUGAAAGACCUUAAAUAAAAUAGAUUGCUGAA